UGUGACACCGGCUUUGGUCACAGACUUGUGUUAAGUCUUAACGAACGCGGUUUUAGAGUCUACGCGACCGUCAUAUCUGAGUCCAGUCCUGGCGCUCAAGAUUUGAAAAAUAAAGCCUAUUUUCCGGACAGAAUGCAUGUACUGGCUAUGGAUGUGACCAAAGACAAACACGUUCAAAAAGCGGUCGACCAUGUUAAACUACAUCUAAAUGAAAAGGGCCAGGGUGAUUGCUUGUGGGCCAUUGUGAACAACGCCGGUAUAUGCAAUGAGGGGCCCAUUGAGUGGGGAAAUGUCAAAACAUAUGAACAGGUAUUUGCUGUGAAUAUGUUUGGUGUGAUUCGCGUGACCAGAGCUUUCCUACCACUUAUCCGGGCCUCAAAGGGUCGAAUAGUAAAUGUGGUCAGUAUAAUGGGCCGCAUAUCCAUGAGUCCUAUCGGGUGGUACUGUAUGUCCAAACACGCGGUCAUUGCUUUCUCGGACACACUUAGGCGUGAAAUGCGUUCAUUUGGUGUACGGGUGGCCACUAUUGAGCCCUCAGGGUUUUGCACCGGUAUUUCUAAUGAACAAAGUAGAGUGACCAACAUAUCUCAAACAUGGAGUCAAACAAGUGCUAACAUACAAGACACAUAUGGUAAUGGUUACAUAGAUGGUUUAAAACAAAUGAUUGUUGAAACCAAUGAUAAUUUACAUUCGUGUAAUAAUAUCGACAUUGUUGUAAACGAUAUGAUAGAUGCCAUACAAAAUGUUGAGCCA